AGGGUAUGGUCCUCAGUGCUAAUGCUCAUAAAUGCAUCCACAUUUAGAAGAGCUGAUACCCACCUACCCACUCCUGCUAAUGGAAUGUGACAUCCAAGAGAAGAUUAACUUUGAAAUCCGCAUGCGAGAAGGCAUCUGCAGACUACUUGCAGUGAGCACACAGAAAGACCAGCUCUUGCAAGCAGUUAAAAACCUGUUGGUUUGUAAUGCUCGUAUACUUGCAUACAGGGCAGAGCUUCAGAGCCAAAAGGAAGAGUCGAUUUCAUGCAGAACUGCAGAACGGUCUUCAGAAAAUGGGACAAAAGACUGGGUGGCAUGCAGAGCAAAGGUUGCUAUAUCAAAUAUCCGAAUACCAUUGAUGUGGAAAGGCUCUGAUCACUUCAGCAAUAAAGAAAGAUCACAGCGCUAUGCAGUGUUCUGUUUGUUCAGAAUGGGAUCUGAGAUUUUUGAUACAGAGGUGGCUAUUGUGGAUAAAACAAUAACAGAUAUUUGCUUUGAAAAUGUGACAAUAUUUGAUGAAGCAAGACCAGAUUUCCAGGUGAAGGUUGAAGUGUAUAGUUGCUGUACAGAGGAGUCUUUAUAUGUAACAAACACUCCAAAGAAACUAGCAAAGAAGCUUAAAACAUCCCUCAGCAAAGCUACAGGGAAGAAACUCAAAGCUGUGCUGGAAGAAGACAGCACUGAAGCCUUUUUGCCUGCUGACCCAGUAAUUCAUGGAGCAAAGUACAGUUUGCUAGCAUAUACCACACUGGGACUGGAGAAUGCUGAGGACAAUUUCAGAACCCACAACCUUACCAUUACAGGAAAUGAGGAAUCCUCUUUCUGGCUGCCCCUGUAUGGAAACCUGUGUUGCCGUUUAGUUGCUCAGCCCUCCUGCAUGACUAUGGAUAUGAUGGCAGGAUUUCUUAAUCAGCGGCAACUGUUAGAAGGUCUGACUAGCUGGAGGAGGCUGUAUUGCAUACUAAGAGGUGGCAAACUCUUUUGUUAUUAUUCACCAGAAGAAAUUGAGGCCAAGUUGGAGCCAGCAUUGACAGUUUCCAUCAACAAGGAAACCAGAAUUCGAGCUGUGGAUAAGGACUCCAAGAGGGGAACAAAUAACUUCUCUGUUAUCAACCCUGUGUCUGGAGAGGCUGUGACACAACUUUUCACUACUGACAGUAGGGAUGAACUUCAUAAGUGGAUGGAGGCUUUCUGGCAGCACUUUUAUGAUCUGAGCCAGUGGAAACACUGUUGUGAAGAACUUAUGAAAAUUGAGAUUAUGUCACCACGGAAACCACCUUUGUUCUUGACAAAAGAAGCAACCUCCGUCUACCACGAUAUGAGCAUUGAUUCUCCAGUGAAACAUGAGGGCUUAGUUGAUAUCAUACAUAGAAAAAUCGAAGAGAGCGAUGGUGAGUACCUGCUUGGCCAGCAAAAAGAGCCUGUUUCUUCCUUAUGGGCUUCACUCUUUGAUGGAUCUCAUGAGAUGAUUGUUCAGAAGAACACACAUCUGAGCCCAAAAAGAGAUAUUACAAGUCCUAAUGACAGCAGAGGAAAGAAAAGAAGAGCUCCACCUCCACCUCCUGAUAAAUCACCAUACAGAGCAAAAGCCCAAGUGAACACAGAGCAGCCAGGCAAGGAAAACGGUGAGAAGUCUGAGCACACAUCUGCUUCUAGUUCUUGCUUUGACUCAAAGUUAACUACAAAAAUGCAGCCUUUUCAAACACCCAUUGCUGCUCCUCGCAGAAUUGAUCCUUGUAGAAAAAGCAGCUCAGCUGGCCAUGGAAAUCCUAUUUCAGUGGCUAACCAGAGUGAGGCUGAAACCAAACCGGUACCAAUCCCUAGACAGAAAUGUGUCACCCAAAUGCUAGACCCUAGAUCAUGGCUGCAGCUAUAGACAUCAUCAUUACCUUAGAAGAGCCCCUGGAAUUUUAACUUUCUCAGCCUUCUACUUUGACUCUUGAGUAAAAGUAGAUUUUAGCAUGUAGUUUAUAAGUAUUGGGGCUA